AUGGCCAUCGACAAGAUGGAGCGCUUGUCUCGACUCUUGUCGACCACUUCCGGCACUGAUAAAUGUUUAAUGUUGAUUCAAUAUUCGACUCUUCUCUUGAGCAGGAUCGAUCAUCGAACCUCAAAAGUUGCUAUCGGCUCCAAAGGCCUACCUCAGCGGUUCGGUGCACUGAGUGGAGUGAUUUCAGAGGCAAGGACAACUAUCCGGCUUUUGGACCUUGUCGCGGUGGUUCAGUGGUGGAGGUCUUUGAAAGGGUCACGAGGAUCGGUUGUGUCUCGAAUUCUGGAUAUCGAGCGCCUGGAAGUGCUCUCAAUGCUAGUCUACUACCCAUUGGAACACAUUUAUUUCCUGACAGCUAAAAGCGUUUUACCAUUCUCAACUCGAAUAUCAUCAAAGGCUUCGCUGUACUCGUGUAGAGCUUGGGCUACCUAUACUUUCUUACACCUGUCUUAUCUGUGGCAUUGCAUUCGACAACUUAAUCAAGAAGAAGACCAGUAUAUGAAACAAGAUGUUGAAAAAAAGGACAGACAGAAAUAUCAUGAACAAAGGGCAGCAUUGAUGAAUGGAGUGAUGAUCAAUCUGGCAUAUGCCCCUUUGACUUUGCAUUGGUCACUAAGUCAAGGCUUAUACAAGUCAGAGUCUAUCACGGCGCUAUGUGGAAUCGCCGCCGCAAUUGGUCAGUUGAGGGCAGCAUGGAAAGCCUCAGCGUGA